AUGCUUCAUAUUUGGCUUCAAUGGUUAAAAAAUUAUGAUAAACAAAAUAUUUUUGGACAAUUUACUAACAUUUUAAAGAAGUUCACAGUUAUACCGGUCACAGGCUGUAUAUGUGAACGAUCAUUUUCAAAAUUAACUUUGGUAAAAUCUAAGUUAAGAAGUACUAUGCUCCAAGAAAGACUAAAUGCAUUGAUGCUUAUAACGGUAGAACAAGAAAUGGCUAUUAAAUUAAAUCCCGACGAUAUAAUUGAUCAUUUCAAAAAUUAUACACAAUGCAGAAUGGUGUUAUAA